AAUAAUAAUAAUAAUGGUUGAUAAUAAAGGAAAGGUUCUUCUUGCUUACUCUGGUGGUUUAGAUACAUCUGUCAUUUUGGCAUGGUUGAUUGAACAAGGCUAUGAAACAUUAGCUUAUAUUGCUGAUGUGGGUCAAGAAGAAGAUUUUGAAGCUAUCAAAGCCAAGGCCUUGAAGGUGGGUGCUUCCAAGGUCUUUGUUGAGGAUCUUAAGGAACAAUUCGUCAAAGAACAAAUUUUCCCAGCUAUUCAAGCUAAUGCUAUUUAUGAAUCGAUCUAUCUUUUGGGUACUUCUUUAGCCCGUCCCGUCAUUGCUCGUCGUCAAAUUGAAAUUGCUGCUCGUGAAGGAUGUCAAUAUGUAUCUCACGGCUGUACGGGUAAGGGUAAUGAUCAAGUCCGAUUUGAACUUGCUUAUUAUGCUUUGAAGUCAGAUAUUGAAGUGAUUGCUCCUUGGAGAUUACCAAUUUUCUUUGAACGAUUUGCUGGUCGAAGCGCUCUUUUAGACUUUGCUGCCGAAAAGGGUAUUCCUGUUGCUCAGACGAAGGCCAAGCCUUGGUCUACAGAUGAGAAUUUAUUCCAUAUCUCUUAUGAAGCCGGUAUCCUUGAAGAUCCUAAUGUCACACCCCCCAAGGAAAUGUGGAAGCUUACAGUUGACCCUGAAGAUGCACCUAAUACACCAGAACGUAUUACGAUUACUUUUGAAAAGGGUAUUCCUGUAAAGGUAGUGAAUCAUAAUGAUGGUCAUGAAGAGACAGAGCCUGUGAAGCUUUUCAGUUAUCUUAACACAGUGGCUCGUCGUAACGGUAUUGGCCGUAUCGAUAUUGUCGAAUCUCGUUUUAUUGGUGUCAAAUCGCGUGGUUGUUAUGAAACUCCUGGUGGUACUAUUUUGCGUACUGCACACAAGGAUCUUGAAGGUUUAACAUUAGAUGGACAAUUACGUGCGAUGCGUGAUCAAAAUAUCACUGUUCCUUACGGUCGAGCACUCUAUAAUGGUCAAUAUUUCUCUCCUGAAUGUGAAUUCUUAUCAAAGUCAAUUGCUUUCACUCAACGAAAUGUUACAGGUGAUGUCAAAUUGAAACUUUAUAAGGGUAAUACAAUCGUGGAGGGUCGCGUUGCUCGAGGUGAUGGCGCUAAACUUUACAAUAUGCAAGAAUCCUCUAUGGAUGAACAAGGUGGCUAUAAUCCUCAAGAUGCUGAUGGUUUCAUCAAGAUUCAUUCCAUUCGUCUUAAAAAAUGGACUCCUGCAGAACAAUAAAUGAUUUGUUCCCUUUUAAAAAAAACACACUUUUUUGUAUAUUUACUGAACCCCCCCUAAUCUUAUUCCACAUAAAAAAGAAAAAUAAGAGAGAGACCUUUUACAUACACUUGCAAUUUAAUUUCCCCCAAAAAAAUCCCAUUAUUAUUGUACGUUAAAUAAAGAAACCUUUUUUUUUUAUA